GCUGGUGGCGUCGCCCAGUUGGCAACGGCACUCAAGACGGUCACGGAGUCCGUCGGCACGCUGAAGUUCGCCGGUGGAGACGCCAUCGCGAAGCAGUUCGCGGGCGUAACUGAUGCGCUCCAGGAGGCGCCAAAGCAGCUGACCAAGUCGCGCGCGGCGCGCUUGGCGGAGGCGGCGAAGGAACUCGAGUACGCCAAUAAGCAGUACCAGUGGGCGUUCGAGCAGUCGGAGAUCGCGCCGCGGAAGGCCGAGAAGGCCAAAUCCGCCCUGAAGGAGAGAGCAGACGCGGUUGUGAAGGCCGAGCGGGUGAUCGAGGAGAUCCAGCAGGAGGGCAGGCCGAACACCAGCCAACGGAGCAUCUUCGAGCAGCUGCUCGACACAGACGCGGACAAACUCUCGCCGAGUGACGUGCAGAUCGCUGAGGUGGUCGACGACGCCGAGCGCCAGGUGCUGGAUCAGCUGCAGAGGAACAGGGAGUUCGCGGGCCAGCUGAAGCAGCACCUCCAGGCGGCGAAGCUGAAGGCAGAACAGGAGAGGGCCGAGAUCCAGCAGGCCUGCAAGAA